AAACGUCAUGUCAUUGGUCAGUGUCAAAAUAAAAAAACCAAAGGAAAAUGUUUUUAAACAGAAAACUGGAUAUUAUUAAAUAAAAGAUUAACAUGAUACCAAAGAAAAACUACAGAAUAUAAUAUGUCAGUCAAUUCAGCACACGAUAUUUUUGAAAUCAAGCCCCUUUUAGAAAAUAUAAAUAUAAAAUUAUGUGCAAGAUGUGAAAAUGGGGUGAAACAAUUAUUAGCUUUAUUAACUAGUGAGGGUGAUGUAGUCCUGUACUAUACCUAUGGAGAGCUAACACCUGUUUUGAGAAGGAUACCAUGGUUUAAUGAUAGCUUUAAGCAAAUUGAAGCACUUUGUUUUGAUCCUUCUGCAACCUGGUUGUUGGUAGUCUCUUUAGACUGUUCCCUCUACAUAAUACCAGCUUUAAGUCUAGUUGACAAAAAACAAAAGAUUGACUGCAAGUGGUCCUUGACUGACUUAACACAUUUUCCUCGACCCCUUCAAAUUCCUGAUUCAAAACCAACUAGUGCUAUCUGGUGGCAAACUUUGGAUUGCAAUCAAAAUGCUUUGGUUGGAUUUGAGAAUGGAACUAUAGUUCUCAUAAGUCUGACGGAUGGAAGAUGCUUAGGAAGCUGUACUAUUGGUGAGAUUGUGGAUAGCCUUAACAUUUGUCAUGACAACAAUUUGGAGAUAAUAUCUUUACUGAUUAAUGGUUCCAGUGGUCAACAGUGGCGUUUAGUAUUAGAGCAGCAUUCUACUGGUUAUCUUUGGCCCCCAGAAGCUUAUACACAAUCAGAAGAUUCGACACGCUCUCGUCUAUAUAGCCUUAAACAGCUUGGUGUAGACAAAUUAGCCUCGUUGAGACAACGCCUCACUGAAGCCAGAGGUACUAGAAGAGAUAGCAAUAGUGAUUCUACUAGUGAAUCGUCGCACACAGAAUCAGUCAAUUCAAAUACUUCUGGACCUGAACUGUUGCCCCACUUAUGUGAUACACAUUUUGCACCGCAAUAUGCUAGGAAUAGAUAUUUGUUUACAGCCUUCUAUAAGCCUACAAGUUUACUUACUGUGCAUUCAGUAGACGUCGAAUCGGCUCCUCUAUAUGUACAUAAAUUACCGCAAAAGACAUCGACAGUUUUGCUAACAGAUAAACUUAUUUAUACUGUCAGUGAUGAAUCCAAAAUGGUUUCAAUUAUGAGUUCACAUCUAUCGGAAUGCCGUUUAGAAGGAGAGGCGGAAUUCAAUAGUGAUGCAAUGAUAGCCCAAUUUUAUAUAGAAAACGGAAAAAUACUCAGGUUAUUCAAACUCGUCGAUUUAUCUUCUGUUCGUUUGAAGAAAAGAGACGAUAAUAAAAAAGACAAAGUAUAUGAAUUGCCAAAGACUGUAGAUGAUUUGCAUUUGCAAAAACCAAGAAUAGAUACAUGUAUAAUUGUAACUGACUCUUGUAUUUAUAAGAUUGGUGUUUGUUGUUCUCCUAUAAAGAAAUUCGUCGAAUAUGUUACGGAGGAAAAUGAUUUGGAAAGAGCUGAACAACUUUCACGCAUAUUCGGAUUGAACAUUCAACAACUACUAGAAUGUUGUGGAGAUCUACUAAUCUCUCGAGGUUCUUUUCAUUCCGGCAUAAUUUUAUAUAAACAAGCAAAAGUACAUCUUCUUAAAAGAGUUCUAAAGCUCGCAAUUUCAGCAGAUUGUAAAACGUUAUUAAAGUUUGUGCAUCUGUGCCUCAGUGCUAGUAAAGUCGAUAUGUCUGUAGCUACAAAAAUUCAUAUUGGAAAUUUGGCUGUGAUGGCUUAUACUGAAUUGAUUUUACGGUACGGUGGACACCAGAGGAUAUCGAACACCAAGGAUUUUAUGAAUUUUUUGUCCUUCGAAGAAUAUUACGAUCAGAUUUUAGCUGUAAACGUAGCCUGUCAAGCUGGUCACUGGAAUGUCGUAGCACUAUUAGCGAAAUCGAGAGGUUUGCAGCCUGAAGUUGUUACUGCUUUAGGGCAAAUUUUACAAAGCGCUAGAGCUCCAAAACCUUCUGAAAGAGACUUUUUGUAUGCUCUUUCUGAACCUUGUCUUACACAAAGUUUACUUAUUUUUGGACAGUGUUCGCAAUAUAUUUUCCAGUAUGUUAGGACAAAUAUUGAACACUUUCCCGUCGCUAUAUUACGUCGUCUAGCAAUCCAACUAGACCCUAGUCAACCGAGCGCCAUUCCUCUAGUCAGUAGAUUGUUCCAAACUACAAAAUAUUCGUCCAGUCUGGAAACAACUAUCGAAUGUAUUGAUUUUGAAAAUCCAGACAGGACAAUAGUGACGGUGAAAGAUUUAAUUGAUACAUUCCUCAUUAUUAUUAUACAUUUAAUUUGGAAGACUGAAAAUAUUGGUUUUGAAUUAUCUCUCUUAGAAAAUGUACAGCCUCCCGACGUACCGCCUCCAGUAAUUCCCCUAAAAAAUCUACCCGAUUUUCAUCCUCUCAGCUGUGGUUUUGAACACGCAGCUAUUAUUCGCAAUAAUAAUGUUUAUACAAUGGGUGUAGCUAAUUCUGGCUGUCUGGGAUUGGGCCCUCUAUUGACACAAAGCAGUCCCGCAAGGCUAGUACAAACUUUAUCUGAAUUGAAAGUUAGAGUAUUAAGUGUGAGUUGUGGAAAGAAGCAUACCUUGGUACUUACAGAUUUUGGGGUAUACUCAUGGGGCUCCAACACAUAUGGCCAGCUAGGUUUAGGGCAUUCCGUUCAAGAAAGUCCUUACCCGCAAAUGAUAAACUGUCUUUCGUCUCAGAAAAUUAUAGAUUUAUGUGCUGGACAGUACCACAGUGUUGCAGUCACUGCUGAUGGUAAAGUAUAUACGUGGGGAUGGGGAAUUCAUGGGCAAUUAGGACAUGGUAACUGUGAUAACGAAUUUCAUCCGAAGCUUUUGGAUUUUCCAGAAAAUGUUAAGCAGGUAACUGCUGGGCAUGCGCAUACGCUUAUUUUAACUGUUGAUGGUAAAUUAUUUGGUUUUGGUUCAAACGUAUUUGGACAACUCGAAGGCAGCAAUAUAGAAGAAAGCAAGUCUGUGAAGCCCGUUUGGGUAUUAGUUCCUACAGAUAAUCAUACGCCAAUUGAAAAGGUUGCUUCCGCUUAUUUCCAUAACAUUGCCGUACUUAAAGAUCAAGAGGUGCAUACUUGGGGAGCGAGCCCACAAGAAGUUCGAAUACUUCAGUCUAAAAACAACCAAAAGCAAAACUGCGUAUCUUCAAAACCGUCAGAAUCCUGGAAAGCUAGCACGCACAUAUAUUCUGGUUUUAACAAGAAACCUAUCGAACAGGUUGCUGUUGGUUACAGACAUUCGGUGGUCCUUCAUAACGGAAAGAUUUUGUGGGGCAAAAAUAGAGAAGAAGAAUUAUGUGUUCCUAAAUUAAAACAGCAAGAUGGUGUCAGCAGUCUCUUUGCUCAGAGAUUCGUUCAUGUUUCAUGUGGCUUAGAAUAUACUAUGGCAAUAGAUCAUGCCGGAAAACUGUUAGCUUGGGGAAGUCCAUCAAUGGCACAGACUAUUUUGGGCAAACCGAUGGACGAUGAUAACCGAAAACUAGAAAGCAGGGUUAUUUUUUUCAAAAACACCAAAAGGAUUAUAAAAUUUCCCAACCAGGGCCAAAGUAGUACUGACUGCUUACCCAUAGAAGUUCCUGGUCUUCCAACUUUGGCGAUAACGUAUAAUCCUAGCGAUCAUAAACUACUGUUUUCUAAAAAUUUCGCUCCAUAUGCGAUAUGCAAUAUUGAAAACAACGAAGUACCUACUGAACAAAACCAUGCGUCUUCCCUUGACAGUAUAUAUGAGUCACCUAACCUAAAAAUUGGAUAUAAAACACUUCACUACGUUUUGGAGACUUACCAUGGUUUCUACGACACUGAUAAUGUGCUGUCUAAAUGUCUUGAAGUUCAUAAUUAUCAGGCUGCGGCAAAAAUAGCCAUGCUAGAUGGCCAUUUUGGCGACAGUCUAGGUUUUCAACUAAUAGCCUUCAAGAAAUAUUUGGAAUCUCUUGAUCUUGACAUGACAUUUUCUUAUGCUAAACGAAAUUCGGAUUCCAAAGAUUAUAUAGAAUUAAUAGUGAGGAACAUUCAAGACGACUUAAACGAGAAGAAUUUAGUAUAUUCCAGCACUUCACCUGCGCACAUUUUAAGCACUAGCUCUUCGUUAGAUAGUAUAAGACAGUGGGGCGAUGAUUUAGAACACCAAGGGGGAAGAGAAAGUCCCUGUGAAGUACCCGAAGUAGGAGAUAUAAGACAAAAUAUUUCGCAGUAUGUUCAAUCCUUAACGAAUAAUGAAAGUUCGCCGCCUAUUUCCAGUGUUUCAAAAAUGGUAUCAGAGAUUGAUAACGUUCAAAUUAAAAUGAAACAGGCAGAUGUAGAAUUACAAAUAAAGGAUAAGAAAGUUAAAGAAAUUAUUGAUGCAGCUUCGUACGUAGUAGAAUUUUAUAUAAGAAAAGUCUACGUUUCGGAGAACCACAUCCUGAUGCAGAACAUUCUACUAAAAUGUAUAGAAUUUUGGCUUUCCAGUAAUCUCCCAGUGCCAGUACUCGAGAAUAUCCUUCUGAAGAACAUGGAUAAGUACUUCUAUCCACUUUCUAUACUGCUAUUUUGUAAGAAUUUCUGCAAUCCGGAAGAAGACGACGUUAAACCCACGUCUUCUGGUUUUUUGAAAGAAUUUUCGACCAAGUUUUGCCUUCAGCUGUGUUCGAUGGUGUUAGAGAACGUCGACAAGGCGUAACCGUUGUUACGUGAUGAGUUUUUAAUUUUUGUUUAUUUUUAGGAGAGUUUUACGGUAGGAUGUGAAGGUGGUUUCAAAAAUCUAUAAAAAUAUUUUUCUAACUAUAAAUGUUAUUCACGAUACACAUGAAACUCAUUAUUUGUUUAUAUUAAAAUAUUUACU